AUGAUAGCAUUAACUAAAAUACAACUUGCCGUGUACAGAUUCCACAAGAAAAUUGGCAAGGGGCGUUGGAAUAGGUACAUUGAGCGAUACAUUCCCUGUCGAUCAAUUGAAAAUACACAAAGACUAGUGUACAAUUACCCUGCAAAAUUUACUGCUUCUACUCAUUCCCGUUCUUAUUUAUGGCGAUUGCCAAAAUUGAUAGCAUUUGCCACAGAUGCCAAUCAGGUGUUAUCUGCUUGGAAUCUUUACCGCACCAAGCGCAAACCACCCUUUCUAUACCUAAAGGCACUAAAACGUUUGGUAGACUUGGGCGGUUGUGACACCAGUGACUACCGUUUCGUUCUCAUUACGUCACGAAUCCAUCGUUUGCGCAAUACUAUCAUCAAUCUUCCACGAUUAUGCCAUUAUCUAGGGAAACUGAAAUGUGCAAUCGAUUUGGAACGUUUGGGUAAAUUCAUCAUCCCCAAACUACGUUACUACACCCCUUCCCAAUUGGCCCUGCUUGCUGGCUCUUAUGGCAAUUGCAAAUUGCAUGAUAAGUACUUCUUUAGACAUUUAUCGAAGUCAUUCAAGUUACUGAUCCAUAAGGCAUCAUCUGGGAAUCUAUUGAGAAUGGCAAAUGCAUACGCAAACUGCGCAGUGUUUGAUUAUGGAUUUAUUGGCGCCAUCGCUAUUCAAUACACAAACUUGCUAACUUUAUCAGAUAAUGACAGACCGAAAUUUGGCGAUACAGUGCAAAUGAUUUCCAUCUUUUCUCAAAUAAAGUAUAGAAACUUGGAAUUUUAUAGGAUAGUUUCAAUGUUAACAAUGGAAGAGUUAAAGUCUGCGCCAGACCCUUUGCAAAUUUCAGAAAUUCUUAGCGCUUUUGCUAGUGCAAAAGUUAAUGAUAUACCUUUAUUUAUCAAGAUUUUUGAUGACAUAAAUAAGAGACAUUACGAAUAUCCCCCGCAGAAUCUGUCAAACAUAAUCAAGACUUUAAACAAAUCGUUGCCUAUGGUAAAGGAUGAUGAGUUGAUGAAAUAUGUAAUAAGUGACACUUUUGACACUGAUUUUGAACGAUUUGACUUCAAAAAAUGGGUAUACCACCACCUAGAAGAAUUUGAACCGCAUGAUUUGGCUAUCACCAUGAAAAAAGUUAAAAGGCUGCAACAAUCCGCGACCCAAAUCGAUGCAAAUAGUUAUAACAAAUUGAAAAUUGCACUGAUUAGGAGACUGGACCAAAUGAAACCCGAGUUUAGUGCCAAAGAAUACACUUAUCUGAGGCAAUUAUUUACACCCAACGACAAUUCAUUGACAUUCGCGCAAACCACGAACUAA